AACAGAGAGAGGAAGGCACAUCUAGAAAUCAUAUCAACGGGUAGUCUUAACUUUCUCUGGGGCCCCCAUCCUUUUGAAGAGAGCUUUUGACGCACAUUUACUAGAUUAACGUAGCCUGUACUUUUUGUUUGUUCUACCGGUAAAAAUCAAGAUAAGAUCGUCGAUGAUUUUGUUUGUUUGUUGUUAAACUGGAUAUUCAAACACUGGUAUGGUGGCGCGCGCUUUGAGGUGUUUCUUUUUCGGUUCUGUGUGACUUCCUGGUGCUACAGAGAGAGGCAGUGCUGAGUUAAAAAGACAGAAACACAAACAGCAUUUUAGAAAGGAAAAAUAGAGAGUGGGAAGCAGGAGCGAGAGAGAGGAGCAGUUGGCUGGCUUCCAGAUUCAGCCCCGCUCCACUCUUUGCAUAUUUAUGAAAUUAAUGUAUAUUUUUAUUCUAUUUAUGAUGCACAUAUUUAUUAGAAUCGACUGAAUCUACUGGAUUGGGUUUGACAAGGGGUUAAAACGAAAUUGUAACGGGAAGGUUUUUCUCUGAGCGACGGAGAAGUGGCGCACGGAUUUAUCGCCCCAUUUGUUCUCAUUUUAUAUUGAAAGAAGGAUUUACAUUAGCUGUUAUUUUAUACUUUCUGUUUACGAGAAGAGGUCAGCGGAAGAUGGGUUGUUUGGGCAACAGCAAGACUGAAGAUCAACGCAUCGAUGAAAAGGCACAAAGAGAAGCGAAUAAAAAAAUAGAGAAACAAUUACAAAAGGAAAGACAAGCAUAUAAAGCCACACAUCGACUGCUUUUAUUGGGGGCUGGAGAGUCUGGGAAAAGCACGAUUGUCAAGCAGAUGCGGAUUCUGCACGUCAAUGGCUUUAACGCAGAAGAAAAAAAACAGAAGGUCCUGGACAUCCGGAAAAAUGUGAAGGAUGCCAUUGUGACGGUAGUUUCGGCGAUGAGCACGUUAAUACCCCCAGUUCCAAUAGGUAACCCAGCAAACGAGUCCAGAAUUGACUACAUCAAAAGUAUAGCACCUCUCUCGGACUUCGACUACACAGAGGAGUUCUUUGAGCAUGCCAAACAGCUGUGGGACGAUGAAGGCGUGAAGGCUUGCUUCGAGCGCUCCAACGAGUACCAGCUCAUCGACUGCGCACAGUACUUCUUGAACAAAAUUGAGUCUGUGAGGUCGAAUGACUACACACCAACAGAUCAGGACUUGCUUCGCUGCCGAGUUUUGACUUCAGGUAUUUUUGAAACAAGAUUUCAAGUCGACAAAGUGAACUUUCAUAUGUUUGAUGUAGGCGGCCAGAGAGACGAGAGGAGAAAAUGGAUCCAGUGCUUUAACGACGUGACGGCCAUCAUCUUUGUGGCGGCAAGCAGCAGUUAUAACAUGGUCAUAAGGGAAGACAACAGCACCAACAGACUCCGGGAAUCACUGGAUCUCUUCAAGAGCAUCUGGAAUAACAGGUUUCUACGGACCAUUUCAGUCAUCCUGUUCUUGAACAAGCAGGACAUGUUGGCUGACAAGAUCUUAGCAGGGAAAUCCAAACUUGAAGACUACUUCCCUGAGUAUGUUCGCUAUACAGUACCGGCUGAAGGUUCACACACUCCAGAAACGAAGCCUCGUUGUUGUUGCUUCACAGUGAAGGACUCCCAAACCGAUCCUCAAGAUGUAUUCAAAGCCGUUCCAGACCCUGGAGAGGACCCUAAAGUGACCCGGGCCAAAUUUUUCAUCCGAGAUGAGUUCCUUAGGAUCAGCACGGCAAGCGGCGACGGCAAACACUACUGCUACCCCCACUUCACCUGCGCCGUGGACACGGAGAACAUCCGCCGCGUCUUCAACGACUGCCGAGACAUCAUCCAGAGGAUGCACCUGCGUCAAUACGAACUCUUGUGAUUGGUUGCAGCCCACCAUCCAGUCAGCACUCUGCCAAUCCCGGCGCAGUUUGAUUCCACUCCCAAAACACAAGGCCCUGUUACCAGGAGAACUACUGAAGCAUCACAAUGCUGUCAUUUUGUUUGCCAUUGUUGUUGUUUUCUAUUUACUUUUCUCCUUCCUUUGUUCUUUUAUCUAUGGCCCAUCUUGACUUUAUUUUGUAGGUCUAAGCAGGGAUGGGACAUUGUGUGUGUGCCUCAUCUUUUAUUUCCAAUGCCUUUAUUCUGUUCAUUCCACUAAGCCUUUUUAGACCUUUUUUUUUGUAGUUUUUGUUUGAAACUAGUCUUCUUCUUCUGUCAUUUCUGUUGUUUUGAUCUGGACCAGCUGAAGUUGUUAUGAGGGUGUGUGAGAGUUGAGGGAUCUGAUGGACUCCUGUGAAUGCUGGUUCCUCCCAACACCUCUCUCUCUCUCGUACUUGAUGUAGGGGUGGGCAGCAGAAGUAUCAGGUAACUUAAUGCCGUCAAGGAAGUAUACACAUGAUGUAGCACCGUGAUAUUUAUUACUCUGUCACUUUUUGUUUAUUUUGUAUCAUUUUAUUGCAGGAUGAUGGAGAGCGAGGCUUUCAGGCUGUAGAUUUAGCAUAGAGGGGGUGGGGCUUGUGGGAGAAUAGGAGGAUGCUGGGAGUUUGAGUCCUAUGCACCUCUGGCCGUAGGAACAGCAGCAGCUUUCUGCCACGUGUCUAGAUGGAAAGAGAAAUACCACACUCACUUUGAUUUGCCCACAGACGGUCCUUUUUACUUAGAUCCUCUUGGGCAAGAGUUCUAUCUAUAUAUAUAUAUAUAGAUUUGUUUUUGUUGAUUAUCUUGUACAGACUGCAAAAUGUAAUGUUAUUUUGUACAACUUUAUUGAGAAAAAAACUACUUGUAGAAGAUCUUUGUGCCUUGAUAAUGGCUGUACCUGUAAAUUGAGCUCUGAUGUAUGUUGUUGACUGCGCUGUACAGCUUGAUGUCAAACUCUAUCUGACAGUAGAGACUGCAGGUAGGGCGUCUCUCUCUCUCUCUCUCUCUCUCUCUCUCUCUCUCUGUAGAGGUACAUUUUUCUGGUUUAUAAAAAAGGAAAAUGUUCUUUAGUAGAAAAAAGGAGGAAAAAUUUGCGAGGGGUUAAAAAAAAAAAAAAACACGGAAAUCCUGUAUACAUUAUGCAAAUUAA